AUGUUCGAUGACAUAUUAAACAUCGCCCCGCCCGACGAUACCGUGCAACACAUCGACCACCACAGCUUCAACGUCGGUUCUCGUUACCGCGUGUGUGACGUCAUCGGCGAGGGCGCCUACGGCGUCGUCUGCUCGGCCAUCCACCGUCCCACCGGCCAGAAGGUGGCCAUCAAGAAGAUUCAACCUUUCGACCACCAGAUGUUUGCGCUUCGUACGCUCCGCGAGCUCAAGCUUCUCCGUUACUUUCAGGAGAGUGAUGUUUCGGAGAACAUCAUCAACAUCCUCGACGUCGUCAAGCCACCGACGUUUGAAGCCUUCAACGAGGUCUACCUCAUUCAGGAGCUCAUGGAGACGGACCUUCACCGUGUCGUCCGCACGCAAAAGCUGUCCGAUGACCACGCUCAAUACUUCACCUACCAGAUUCUCCGUGCUCUCAAGGUGAUGCACUCGGCCGACGUCAUUCACCGUGACCUCAAGCCAAGCAACCUGCUGCUCAACGCCAACUGCGACCUCAAGGUGUGCGACUUUGGCCUCGCUCGCAGCGUUCUCACCGCUGAGCCCGGUGGCGAAAAUGGAUUCAUGACCGAAUAUGUCGCUACUCGUUGGUACCGCGCACCGGAGAUCAUGCUUACGUUCAAGCAGUACACCAAGGCCAUCGACGUCUGGUCUGUGGGUUGCAUCCUGGCCGAGAUGAUCAGCUCGCGUCCCUUGUUCCCUGGCCGCGACUACCACCACCAGAUCUCGCUCAUCCUCGACGUGCUGGGAACACCAUCGAUUGACGACUUCUACGCCAUUGGCUCUCGUCGGUCGCGCGACUACAUCCGCAACAUGCCCCUUCGCAAGCGCAAGGACUUUGCCAAGCUCUUCCCCACCGCCUCGCCAGAAGCGCUCGACUUUCUGCAAAAGACGCUCGCCUUCAACCCAAAGAAGAGGCCCACGGUGGAAGAGUGCCUUGCCCAUCCUUACCUGGCUGCCUACCACGACCCCGAGGACGAGCCGAGCGUGGCGAGCCUCGGCCCAGAGUACUUUUCCUACGAUCUCGCACCCAGGCCAAGCGCAGCCGAGCUCAAGGAGGAGAUGUGGAACGAGAUUGAGUCGCUCCCUCGCUUCAUCUGA